AUGAGGCCUGUGCUCAGGGAUAAAGCAGACAAAGGGGAAGUGGAACCAUUUAUAAGCUCUCCUAGAAAGGAUUGGUCAUUUCGUCUGAUUAAGGUUGUCAUCUUCCUGAUUAUUUUCACAGCUGGGGUAGUUCUAGGUUUGUCUGCGAGUGCCCACUUUACUCAGUACCUGUCACAUACCGAGGUUCUCUUUCCCUCCGCUCCUUAUAUGCCAAACGAUGAUAUGGACUUCGUGGGCAUAAAGAACUAUAUCGAACCAAAGUGGUUGCAGCAUAACAUGACAGAUCACGAACUUUUCUGGAGGGCGUCGAUGGUUCCGACGAAAACGCAGUUUCCAUACAAGAGAGUUCCAAGAGUGGCUUUCCUGUUUCUGACAAGGGGAGAUUUGCCGCUUGCGCCUUUAUGGGAAAGGUUCUUUCAUGGACAUAAAGAUCACUUUUCAGUUUAUGUUCAUUCUCCCCCUGACCACAAACUGAAUGUCUCCAAGACGUCUCCUUUCUAUGGACGCCAAAUACCGAGCCAGGUAUAGCACAUUAAGUUUUAUCCGAUUUCUCUCGAAAAAAAUUCGUAUGGUGUAUCAGAAGAGGUUUUAAAGACUCUCCCGGUAAAACUGAAGAGAUCGUUAAGAGUAAUUGUGAAGAAAUUUCUCAAAGCAUGUAUUGGCCUUCAUUAUUAUGUUUCUGUUAAAAAUUAAUUUUAGUAUUUCAGCUUUUUCAUAACAUUUUUAUGAAGACAUUGAUAACAGAAAAUAUGAGCUUGAUUAUUAUUUUUAUCGGUGGCCAAACAUGCCUCAGAGGUUGUCUACCUUUAGGAAGCAUUAGGUACGAGCUGGUAGUAAGGUUCAGACGACAUUUACCAUUUCUCAAUACGAAAACAAAUUGAAAGGUAUUAGACACUAUAUUGUUAGCCUUUAAAUGAAGGAACAGAUAAGAAAAGAGUUUUGAAUCGACGCCAGAACGUCGUUUCCAGAUUCCAGAUGUAACCUAAUGUCUGAAUGGUUUCCUUUCAUAUGAGUGAUAAAUUUUAAAUUUUAAAUUCUUCAGUAGUCUGCAGUUAUUGGGGAAAGAGUUCACGAAUCUUGUUUUCCUGAUUUUUAUAGGCCCCUGUAGUCAUUCAUUUAUCUUAUUAAUUCAUUUAAAGUUAAAACAGUAAAGAGAUUGAGUUUGUCUGUCGGUGCUGUUCUGGUCAUAUCGUCGUCCUUAUUUUACUCUUUUGUUAACAAACUGAGGCCCCUGUUAGUGUACCCCAAACCUGUCACCAUUGUACAUCAAUAGUUUUCAAGAUGGGAUUCAGAGACCUUUACUUCAAUUCCCAAAAUCCGAAGAUUUUGGUGUCUACGAUCUGAAUCACACGAUUUUUCCCAUAAAAUGGGCAAGGUCAUUAUUUUACCAUAAACAUUUUUAGUCACUACAUAUGAACAUUCUAACGAGAAAGAAGUGAAUUGAUCUUUCCUUGAUGUAAAUGAAGUUCACAACCCUUAUCGUUGAACCACUUCUCUCAACUUGGGAUUUUUUGCGAGGCAUUUGUUGGAGUCUAUCUCAAAUCUUUUCUCUUUGGUUGUCACUUCCUCAUAAAAGAUCUAUUUGCAUCAAGUAUUUGGAUAUGUGAUCAUGUUUCCGUGAAAAAUAGGUUUCACUCAUGGAUGACUUGGUUUCUUUCUGAAAUUCGCCAUACAUGUCAGCAUUUUACAAGUUCCAAGGAUAAAACUUUUAAAAGAAGAUCUAUACUGUUAAGACGAUUCCUAGUCACAAAUUAGUUGGCAAAAUCCAAGUGAACUAUGAGUCUCUACAAGAUAUCAGGUCUACCAGUCUUGUCUUCAAGAUGACAAUUGAUCCUAGUCUACAUGCAGAGGAGAGAUUUCAUUGCAAGUGCUCUUAUUUCAUGGCAAGAGAGCAUGUAUCUGCAUGUUUCCUUUUUCCUCUUUGCGGGCUUUAGCCAUGCCUUUAGGAUAUUUUUUUCCCAAGUAAUUGAUUAACCUUUCUUAAAAAUGUGGAAUGCUUUAGAUGGUUGCUUUUGUGGUCUUUGACACUAUCGUUUUGUUGGCGACAGUAGACCUCUAAGCAGCUACCCUAUGAUCUGUAUCACCACGAAGCAUCUUCAUAUACAACGAACAGACCGGAAAAAUGGUUACAACAGAGCAUUAAUUUGACCAUUUCUUGGGGGAAAUCCACAGAACAGUUAACGUACUUCAUCCACUGUCUUCCAUCCCAAUUCUCCUACCAAUUGAAUGUCAGAACAUUCCAAGGCAUUGUUUGAAUUGGGAAAUUAAAAAAAAACACUGAUGUCGGAAUCGGAAAAUAUGAAUCAUUUACCCUUUCAUGUUGGUCAUGCAUCCAUUCUCUCGAUGUCACACCAUUGAACAACUAGAAUUUUUGUUUUGUUUUGAUGGGCAUUGAACCUCUGCCAUGAGUACAUGCUUUCAGGAUUCUUUUAUGAAAUUAUUUUACAAUUGGAUAAUUUAGUAUUAAUCAAGAAGGAAAGAUGAAACAAUAUGCCGAAAAUUUAUGCCAAUCACACCUGGAUUAGAGAAUAGAAUCUAAGUAUUGUUCGUUGACACAACUCGUGAAAAAGAAUGAUUUCUUCAUUGUCCUAUAAGCUUUUUCUUCCAAUGCAGGGUGUUCAAUGGGGUUCAAUAUCACUGUUGGAUGCAGAGAAGCGUCUCCUGGCCAAUGCUUUGCUGGAUUUCUCCAAUGAGCGCUUCAUUCUUCUAUCUGAGAGCUGUAUACCCAUCUUUAAUUUCCCCACAGUCUAUCAGUACCUAACUAGCUCAAAGCAUAGCUUUGUAGAGUCUUUUGAUGAACAUACUCCACGUGGACGUGGACGUUACAGACGUCAAAUGGCUCCCCAGAUCAAGCUCUACCACUGGAGAAAAGGGUCGGAGUGGUUUGAACUGAACCGUAAACUGGCUGUGAAUAUAGUUGCAGACGUCACGUACUAUUCCAUUUUCAUGAAACACUGUAAGCCCUCCUGCUAUCCUGAUGAGCACUUCAUGCCCACCUUCAUAAAUAUGUUCCACGGGGCUCUGAACUCGAAUAGAACUAUCACCUGGGUCGACUGGUCAACACGUGGACCACAUCCAGCACUGUUUGGCCGUGGAGACAUUACAGUGAAUUUUAUUCAAUCGAUCAGAGAUAAUGGCACAGUCUGCACACAUAAUUCUAAGCCAACAUCGGUAUGCUUCUUGUUCGCCAGAAAGUUUGCCCCCAGUACCUUGGAGGCCCUUCUCAACAUCAGCUCCACAGUGCUGAAAUUUUGA